CAGCUGCUCCAAUCAGUUAUUGCUCGUCUCCUCACCCGCACCACUCUCUCUCUCUCUUUCUCUUCACAUACCCCUUGUUGGUGGUGGGAUGGGCAAAAUGAACUGGAUGCAGCUUUCCACCAAACCCCGCUAGCCAGUUUUGCUGCUGUUGGUGGCGGGCUGGCCGGGUUCGGGUACUUUUCUCCCCGGGACGCCAGUGUCUCGCCUUCAGUUGUCCUGCUCGGCGCGGCCAGAAUGAAGGCAUUUCUGGCGCGGUUGCCUCCAGCCCUCCCUGUCUGUCCGUGUGCCUCUAUUCUCCUUCGCUCCGGCUGGCUGUAUGUGUGUCGGUUAGUCUGUCCGUCUGCCCGGCGGUCAGUCCACCUGAUUGCCUCAGGUCUGAGGCGAGAUUUACUCCUCAGCCAUUUCGCCCACCACACGUUUGGAAAGGCAGCGUGA